CCCAUCCCAGCCAUUGCCCUCCCCCCAUUGCCUCCAGCCUCGUCCCACGGCGCCCGCUUCACCAUGUUCUCCCGCACGACCGCCUGCCGGGGCGCACAGCAAGCUGCCCGAUCGCAGGCAGUCCGCCCGGCCCAGCGCCGCGGGCUUGCUUCUCCCGCUUCAGGAUCGUUCCAGUAUCAGUCCGGCGAGGCAAAGGGCGUCAAGUUUGCCAGCAGGGACUUUGCCGGUCCUACCACCACUCUUGCGCUCGUCUCCAAGGCGGGCACCCGCUUCCAGCCGCUCCCUGGCCUCACCGAGGGCCUGCAGAACUUUGCAUUCCGGUCCACUGACCGAAGGUCAACGCUGCGCAUUGUACGGGAAUCCGAGCUCUUGGGAGCUGAAUUGACCGCGUAUCACACCCGCGAGAACCUCGUCCUCCAGGCCAAGUUUCUCCGCGAUGACCUACCUUACUUCGUUGAGCUCUUCGGCGAGGUUGCUGCCUCCACCAAAUUCCAGCCACACGUAUACACCGAAGAGGUUCUUCCUUUGAUCCACUUCGCCCACAAGCGAUUCCUCGCCAGCCCUACGGAUAUGGCCAUCCAGUCCGCCCACGCUCUCGCUUUCCACCGCGGUCUCGGCACACCGACCGCUUCCGCCUCCACCACACCCUACACCAAGUACCUUGACGCUGAACUCAUUGAGGAAUUCUCCAAGCACGCAUUCGCCAAGCCCAACUUCGCGGUUGUCGCCAACGGCGCCGAGCACAACGACCUUUCCAAGUGGGUGAACGAGUUCUUUGAUGAUGUCCCAUCACAGGCGGGUUCUGCAAACUCCGCUGGCACUCAGCAGACCAAGUACUACGGUGGAGAGGAGCGUAUCGCCCACGACCGCUCUAACGCCAUGGUCAUUGCUUUCCCUGGAUCUAGCUCAUUCACUGGCCAGUCCUACAAGCCUGAAAUCGCUGUUCUCGGAUCUCUUCUUGGUGGUCAAUCCAACAUCAAGUGGUCUCCUGGCUUUUCCCUCCUCGGCAACGCAAAGGCUACCCCCGGUACUAAGGUCAACACGACAAGCGCCAUCUACUCUGAUGCUGGUCUUCUGUACACCACCAUCACUGGCCAGGCCGAAAGCGUUGCACAAACUGCCAAGACUGCUGUGGAACUCAUCAAGAAGAUCGCUUCCGGCGAUGUCUCCACGGAGGAAAUUUCCAAGGCUAAGGCCGCAGCUAAGUUUAAGGAGUUGGAGAAUGGCCAGGACGUCAAGGCUGGCUUGAUCCUCACUGGUAACGGCCUUUUCAGCGACAACAAGGCAUACCAGAUCGACGAGGUUGCCCAGAAGAUCGACAGUGUUACAGAUGAGGCCGUCAAAUCGGCUGCCAAGUCAUUACUCGAGACCAAGGCCACGGUAUCAUCGGUCGGUGACCUGUUCGUUCUACCGUACGCUUCAGAACUUGGCCUCAACGUGUAA